GGCUACGUGGGGAACCGGGCGGCCACGUUCCCGCUGCAGGUCUUGGGAUUUGAGAUUGAUGCAGUGAACUCUGUCCAGUUUUCAAACCACACAGGCUACGCCCACUGGAAGGGCCAAGUACUGAAUUCGGAUGAACUCCACGAGUUGUAUGAAGGCCUGAAGCUGAACAAUGUGAACAAAUAUGACUACGUGCUCACAGGUUACACGCGAGACAAGUCGUUCCUGGCCAUGGUGGUAGACAUCGUGCAAGAACUGAAGCAGCAGAACUCCAGGCUCGUGUACGUGUGUGAUCCAGUCUUGGGUGACAAGUGGAAUGGUGAAGGCUCAAUGUACGUCCCAGAGGACCUCCUUCCGGUUUACAGAGAAAAAGUGGUGCCGGUGGCAGACAUUAUAACUCCCAACCAGUUUGAGGCUGAGUUACUGAGCGGCCGGAAGAUCCACAGCCAGGAAGAAGCCUUAGCGGUGAUGGACGUACUGCACUCCCUGGGCCCAGAGACGGUGGUCAUCACCAGCUCCGACCUGCCCUCCCCGCGGGGCAGCGACUACCUGAUUGCACUGGGGAGCCAGAGGAGGAAGAGGCCUGAUGGCUCCAUGGUAACAGAACGCAUCCGCAUGGACAUUCGCAAGGUGGACGCCGUCUUCGUGGGCACUGGGGACCUCUUUGCCGCCAUGCUCCUGGCGUGGACACACAAGCACCCCAACAAUCUCAAGGUGGCCUGCGAGAAGACGGUAUCAGCCAUGCACCACGUUCUGCAGAGGACCAUCCAGUGUGCCAAAGCUCAGGCUGGGGAAGGACUGAGGCCUAGCCCUGCGCAGCUGGAGCUGAGAAUGGUUCAGAGCAAAAGGGACAUCGAGGACCCAGAGAUUGUUGUCCAGGCUGCGGUGCUGUGAGGCCGCUCUACUCCUCUGCGACGCACAGUGCGUUGGUGUCUCUGUGUUUGUUCCUGUGAAAAAAUGUAAUGUCUGCCUUAGAGCUAUGACCGAAACUUGAUCUUUUUUUCUUUCAUAAGUAUCCAGCAUCAACUGGUCUUCAUUGUGGAAAAGUGCCAGUCGUGCUUUGUAAACAAAGUGGUCACAGAA